AGUACAGAGUAGCGCGUUGUCUGUCUCACGCGGCUAAGGGCUGCUGAGCUUGGAGGAUUCGACUGCACUCGGACAUGGCUGAGACUGUGGCCGGAGUGAGCCGCUUCAAAGCCAACUAUGCUGUUGAGCGGAAGAUUGAACCUUUCUACAAGGGUGGGAAAGCACAGGUAACUAUCCUCAGGGCCAGUUAGAGGGUAAAGAGGUGUAGGAAGUACUGAGUGGUUCCUUGGCUGAGACCCCUUUGUCCCUAGAUGGACCAGACUGGCCAUUACCUCUUUUGUGUCUGUGGUACCAAAAUCAACAUCCUAGACGUGGCCUCAGGGGCUUUGCUUCGGAGCCUGGAGCAGGAGGACCAAGAGGACAUCACUGCCUUCGACCUCAGUCCCGAUAAUGAAGUACUGGUAACGGCCAGCCGGGCACUGCUGCUGGCGCAGUGGGCCUGGCGGGAAGGCACUGUCACCCGUCUGUGGAAGGCGAUACACACGGCUCCUGUGGCCUCCAUGGCCUUUGACGCCACCUCUACACUGUUAGCCACAGGUGGCUGUGAUGGGGCUAUACGGGUCUGGGACAUUGUGCAGCACUAUGGGACACACCACCUUCGAGGCUCACCCGGUGUCGUUCAUUUGGUGGCCUUCCAUCCAGACCCCAGUCGCCUGCUGCUCUUCUCCUCGGCCGUGGACACCUCUGUCCGUGUGUGGUCGCUGCAGGACCGCUCCUGUCUGGCUGUCCUGGCUGCACACUACAGUGCUGUUACUUCCCUGUCCUUCAGUGAGGAUGGCCAUACCAUGCUCAGGUUGGCUCAGGCUGACCACACGGGGCUUGGGUGGAAGGGGAGGCCAAGGCUGAGACUGGAACUGAGGGAGCUGUUUCUCCUCAGCUCUGGCCGUGAUAAGAUCUGCAUAGUCUGGGACCUUCAGAGCUACCAGGCCUCGAGGACAGUGCCAGUGUUUGAGAGCGUGGAAGCUGCUGUGCUGUUACCUGAGGAGCCGGCACCCGCACUGGGUGUGAAGAACUCAGGCCUGCACUUCUUAACAGCUGGUGACCAAGGGAUCCUCCGUGUGUGGGAGGCAGCUUCUGGACAGUGUGUGUACACCCAGCCACAGAUGCCAGGCCAAGGGCAGGAACUGACGCAGUGUACCCUGGCCCGCACUGCUGGUCUGCUCCUCACUGUCACCGCUGAUCACAACCUGCUGCUCUACGAGGCACAUUCCUUACAGCUACAGAAACAGUUUGCUGGCUAUAGCGAGGAAGUGUUGGAUGUUCGAUUCCUUGGGCCCAAUGACUCCUACAUUGUUGUGGCUUCCAACAGCCCUUGCCUGAAAGUGUUUGAGCUGCAGACUUUGGCCUGUCAGAUCCUCCACGGUCACACAGACAUUGUCCUGGCCCUGGAUGUGUUCCGGAAGGGGUGGCUCUUUGCCAGCUGUGCCAAGGAUCAGAGCAUACGCGUCUGGAGGAUGAACAAGGCCGGCCAGGUGGCCUGUGUAGCUCAGGGCUCCGGACACACACACAGCGUGGGCACCAUCUGCUGUUCCAGGCUAAAAGAAUCUUUCCUGGUGACAGGCAGUCAGGACUGUACUGUGAAGCUAUGGCCCCUCCCUGAAGCCCUGUUGUCCAAGAACACAGCUGUGGACAGUGGCCCCGUGCUUCUACAGGCCCAGACCACUCAGCGCUGCCAUGACAAAGACAUCAACAGUUUGGCUGUCUCCCCCAAUGACAAGCUGUUAGCCACGGGCUCACAGGACCGCACAGCUAAGCUCUGGGCCUUGCCUCAGUGCCAACUGUUGGGUGUUUUUUCAGGCCACCGACGUGGCCUCUGGAAUGUCCAGUUCUCACCCAUGGACCAGGUGCUGGCCACAGCCUCUGCUGAUGGCACCAUCAAGCUCUGGGCACUGCAAGACUUCAGCUGUCUCAAGACAUUUGAGGGACAUGAUGCUUCUGUGCUGAAGGUGGCCUUUGUGAGCCGUGGCUCACAGCUGCUGUCUAGUGGUUCUGACGGGCUUCUGAAGCUGUGGACCAUUAAGAGCAACGAGUGUGUGCGGACACUGGAUGCUCACGAGGACAAGGUCUGGGGACUACACUGUAGCCGACUGGAUGACCGUGCCGUCACCGGUGGCAGUGACUCCCGAAUCAUUCUCUGGAAGGAUGUGACGGAGGCCGAGCAGGCAGAAGAGCAGGCCAAACGAGAAGAGCAAGUGAUCAGACAGCAAGAACUGGACAACCUGCUCCAUGAGAAGCGGUAUCUCCGGGCACUAGGACUUGCCAUCUCCCUGGAUCGUCCCCACACUGUGCUGACUGUUAUCCAGGCCAUCCGGAGGGAUCCUGAGGCCUGUGAGAAGCUGGAAGGCACUGUGCUCCGGUUACGACGAGACCAGAAAGAGGCCCUGCUGCGCUUCUGUGUCACGUGGAACACCAACUCCAGACAUUGCCACGAAGCCCAGGCUGUGCUGGGUGUGCUGUUGCGGCAUGAGGCCCCCGAGGAACUACUGGCCUACGAGGGUGUGCGGGGUACACUGGAGGCGCUGUUGCCCUAUACGGAGCGGCACUUCCAGCGCCUUAGCCGGACACUACAAGCAGCUACCUUCUUGGACUUCCUGUGGCACAACAUGAAGCUGUCCCCACUCCCUGCUGCUCCCCCAGCCCUGUGAGACACAUAAAAGUUGCACUUUUCUA